AUGCCCCGGUUUGUCCUAACGUGGUUUGUGAACACCACAAUCAAAUGCGGCGCAGCCGAAGACUCGAUUUUGCGCCAUUGCGCCAUGCGUAUUGACCUCCAGAUACAUGUUGUUAGCGAUGGAGAGGAGUUGGAAGUUUCCGCAGAACGUGAACGAGCAACACAAUCAAAUGCGGCGCACCCGAAGACUCG